AUGGACUUCCUAAAUAAACGCUUUAGAAUAGGUAAAUGCUGUAUUAAAGACUGCAAAAGUUUUGAAUUGGAUCCUGAUUUAAUAAGUCAUUUUUCUUUUCCAAAGGACCCUUCAAGAUGUGCAGUUUGGAUGGACAAUGUUAAAUUAUGUCAUUUAAAUAAUGUUGAUAUAGUAACUUUGAACAAAAAGUAUCGGCUAUGA